AUACGGAACAACUUUUUCCUUUACCAAAAUUCAGUCCGAAUGAUAAUUUUCACAUGAGAACUAUUUCAAGUUAUCCAAUUAGCUUAUUAUAUCGCGUGGGAUUCAGGAGUGGCAUAAGGCGCCCACUUCGCCGCAUCAGAAAUUAUCACAUAAGUCAUAUAAACUAUUUCCUUUCUAUCUUAUUAAUUUUAAAUAAAUAUAAUAUCUAUAAUAUACAUUAAAUACAGUAGCGCUCGAAAGUAUUUUGUUCAUAUCAAAAUUUCCUGGAAUUUUCGAACGAAAGGGGUUCAAUUAACUAUACGAAAAACUCAUUUGCAAAUUUAAAGUCAUAUAUUUUUUUAUAUCCUUAUAGCACAUAACUCUAAUCUAAGUAGCUUAUCAUUUACCAAUGUCGCCAACUGAAAAGCUUUGUAUAAAAUACUUUCGAACGCUACUGAAUAUUUAUACUAUUAUAUAAUAUGUUAUAAUAUUAAUAAUAAUAAUAAUUAUAUAUAUAUAACAUACAUAAAAGUCUAUAUAAAUAUCUGACAAGUAAAAGAGAUCUCUACUAACCAACUUUACAGGAGCGCAUGGAGGAUCAUUUUUCUUCACUAAUGUUAGCUGCUUUUAUACAGUACAGUAAAGGACUUUAUAAAAUAUAGUACUGUAAUUAACUGAUAGUAAACUGAUACUUCGAACUGAACAUAUCCACAUUAAAAUAAAGGAAAUUACAAGAGAAACGGAAGAAUGCGUCCCUGCAUACUUUAGGAUUGGUCUCAUAUUUUCAUGUACUAGAAAAAAGAAUAAGAAGGAAUAUUUGUUCGAUCGAUAAAGAAAGAGGGGAUAAUAUGCGCCUCUUUCUUUUUCGCAGUCACUUGUGUUCUGACCGUUGCACCGACAUGAUCUGUCUCGAAGCGCAGUAUUUUAAUCUGAAUAGAAUUCUUUUACAAGGCACUGCACAAUGGCCGUUUGAACAAUCGAAACUCGUACGACUCCCGUUUAUUAUAAACUGGACUAUUCUCGUUUCCGCUAUUAUCUGUCAGAUAACUACAUUUUUUACGUCACACUUCACAUCUAAAUUUGCUAUUAAAGUUUUCUCUUGUGUACUGUUCUUAUCUAUUUUGACGAUAUAUUACACUUCAUUUCGUUUUAACAUCAAAACCGUAAAGGAUUUGAUGGAGCAACUUCACUGUGCAUGCACCAAACUAAGAGACAAAAAUGAAAUCGCUAUAAUACAAGAGUAUGGCAGGACUGCAAAUCGUGUUACAGCUGCAUGUGUCGUACUUUUCGGUAUUAUAAAACCUGCUUUUUGGGCCAUUCAAAUUGCAAUACCUUAUCUCGAUAACGUUACACCUAUAAACGGAUGCCGACCACAUCGAUUAUACAUAGCUGUCGAAUAUUUUAUUGAUCAAGAAAAAUAUUACUAUGUAAUUCUGAUUCACAUGAAUGCAGCCCUAUUUAUUGGAAUAUUAUCAUUAAUGGCAUCGGCAACACUGAUGCUUAUGUUUUUCCAGCAUGCAUGCGGAAUGUUCAAAAUUGCUUGUUAUCGUAUCGAAAACGCGAUUGAGAUUAAUGCACUAAAAAAUAUUAGUUUCAACAGCGAACUUUCCAUAUCCAAGAAAAUAGUCUAUGCCGUAGAUAUUCAUCGGGAAGCUAUGCAAAUAACCGACCAUUUGAUGAACAGGUUCGAUACAAUGUACUUUUGUUUAGUAGUGCUCUCGGUGAUUACACUGAGUCUCAAUCUUUUCCAAAUUUCUCAAUCUGUGAUAUUCGAAGAUAAUAUAAAAGAAGCUAUAAUUCCUACUGUAAGCGUACUUGUUAUUAGUAUAUACGUGUUUCUUGCCAAUGUGUUUGGACAACAUAUAACGGAUCACAAUAAUGAAAUAUAUGCUGCUGCAUACAACAUACGGUGGUACUUGUGCCCUCACCAUGUACAAAGACUGAUAGUGUUGCUUUUGCAAAGGAAGGCUAAACAAUUUCAUAUAACUUGCGGAGGAAUGUUCAUAGCAUCGUACGAGUGUUUCGCAACGGUAAACGGUAGUAAAAGCAACGAUGUCUUACUUUACUCUCAUGCAUUCCACACGAAGAUAAGGAAGAAACACAUCACUAAAAACAAAAAUAGUGAGCGCAUGGAGGAUCAUUUCUCUUCACUAAUUCACUUGUGUUCUAACCGUUGCACCGACAUGAUCUGUCUCGAAGCGCAGUAUUUUAAUCUGAAUAGAAUUCUUUUACAAGGCACUGCACAAUGGCCGUUUGAACAAUCGAAACUCGUACGACUCCAGUUUAUUAUAAACUGGACUAUUCUCGUUUCCGCUAUUAUCUGUCAGAUACCUACAUGUUUUACGUCACAAUUCACAUCUAAAUUUGCUAUUAAAGUUUUCUCCUGUGUACUGUUCUUAUCUUUUUUGACGAUACAUUACACUUCAUUUCGAUUUAACAUCAAAACCUUAAAGGAUUUGAUGAGGCAGCUUCACUGUGCAUGCACCAAACUAAGAGACAAAAAUGAAAUCGCUAUAAUACAAGAGUAUGGCAGGACUGCAAAACGUCUUACAGCUGCGUGUGUCGUGUUUGUUGGUAUUACAAAACUUGCUUUUUGGGCCGUUCAAAUUGUAAUACCUUAUCUCGAUAACGUUGCACCUAUAAACGGAUGCCGACCACGUCGAUUAUAUAUAGAUGUCGAAUAUUUUAUUGAUCAAGAAAAAUAUUACUAUGUAAUUCUGAUUCACAUGAAUGCAGCCUUAUUUAUUGGAAUAUUAACUGUAAUAGCAACGGGAACACUGAUGAUUAUGUUUUUCCAACAUGCAUGCGGAAUGUUCAAAAUUGCUUGUUAUCGUAUCGAACACGCGAUUGAGAUUAAUACACUAAAACAUAUUAGUUUUAACAGCGAACCUUCCAUAUCAAAGAAAAUAGUGUAUGCUGUAAAUAUUCAUCGGGAAGCUAUGCAAAUAACCGACCAUUUGAUGAACAGGUUCGAUACAACGUACUUUUGUUUAACAGUGCUCUCAGUGAUUACACUGAGUCUCAAUCUUUUCCAAAUUUCUCAAUCUGUGAUAUUCGAACAUAAUAUAAAAGAAGCUAUAAUUCCUACUGUAAGCGUACUUGUUAUUAGUAUAUACGUGUUUCUUGCCAAUGUGUUUGGACAACAUAUAACGGAUCACAAUAAUGAAAUAUAUGCUGCUGCAUACAAUAUUCGGUGGUACUUGUGCCCUCACCAUGUACAAAGACUGAUAGUGUUGCUUUUGCAAAGGAAGGCUAAACAAUUUCAUAUAACUUGCGGAGGAAUGUUCAUAGCAUCGUACGAGUGUUUCGCAACGGUAAACGGUAGUAAAAGCAACGAUGUCUUACUUUACUCUCAUGCAUUCCACACGAAGAUGAGGAAGAAACACAUCACUAAAAACAAAAAUAGUAUUUCUGAAGCCAUAAUAUUGGAAGGUAAUAUAGGAGAAGCUAUAAUGCCUACUAUAAGCGUAGUCGGUCUUUUUAUAUACACGUUUCUUGGCUGUGCGUUUGGACAACAUAUAACGGACUACAAUAAUGAAGUAUAUGCUGCUGCAUACAACAUUCGGUGGUACUUGUGCCCUCAACAUGUACAAAGACUGAUAGUGUUGAUGUUGCAAAGGAAAGCUAAACAAUUUCAUUUAACUUGCGGAGGAUUGUUCAUAGCAUCGUACGAGUGUUUUGCAAUGGUAGCGAAAGCAACGAUGUCUUACUUUACUCUCAUGCAUUCCACACGAAGUUAAGAAAGAAACACAUUACUAAAGACAAUAUAGUGUAUAUAAAUAAUAUAAUAAUAUACUCUGUUCGAGUUGGAACAAUUGGGAAGAUUGAUUCGAUUGCAAAUAAUCGUACCUUACAAAUAAAAAGCUUCAUACAGCUCUGGCGCCUAAGAAACAGCGCGAAUAAACAUCUCAAGAUAAAAGACAGAAAACUGUUGAGUAAUCCUCGG